UCAGCGUACUGACGUGGACGGCCGCAUAUGCAUUUGUUCGCGCUCCGUUUGACAGUUGCAGAAAAAAAACAUUUCGCGCGUAUUUCUGACAAGUCAACGAAUUGAAAGUUUCGAGUGCGUUCGAAAUUUGAACUGAGUACUAGUGUUGGAACUUAUAGUUUUUUAAAGAAAAGGAGACAUAUUUGCAGUGUAAUAAUUCGAUUGACUCAAACUGGCCGUUAAGACGCUAUAAAGUGAUGAAUCAGCGAGAGCCGGCUAAUUAACCGGCGUUACUGCUACGAAAACAAAUCUAACGUCUAAUAGCUAUUUAGCCUUUGGAGAUAUUUAACCCCGAGUCCACAGUACAUCAGCAAGCUGUUUUACCCCUACCUGAAGACGUCUUCCCUUCACAGGGACCUCCUGUUUGCAAGUGGCUCCGACGAGUCGGGAUGCGAGGCUGAUAUGUUGGAGGGCGCGGAAGUGGGACGGCACUCGCCGCCCCGGCCGCAGCAAGAGCCCAUCAAUCUCAAGAAUGAGCAUCUACUCGCCCGUAUGACUUUCUACAUGAAGCAGGCGGAGUCGGAUCGUGAGAGCGGCGCGAGCUCGCCGGAGGGCGGUGCGCGCGCGCAGAUAGCCGAGCCGAGGACGCCGUCGCCGCACGCGCGCUCCCCACAGCAUCAGCACCAACAUCAGCCGCACCUGAAUGGCUCCAUGGCGUCAAUGUUCCAAAACCUGCAGAACCUUGCCAACAUGCAACAGAACAUGUCACCGAUGUCGCAACAGUUGCAGCAACAGAUGUCCCAGCAAAUGUCUCAACUGGCUGCCAACUUGCAGGGCCUGACGUCGAUGUCUUCGAAUCCAGUCAUCAACUCGCCAUUAAACUUGAGCGUCAGUGCGCCUGGAAUGGGUUCACCAAAUCCGGUCGGCAACAACAAUAUGCUACCACCAGCGAUGCCGUCCCCUAUGCCUCAACUUAUUCUGGCUUCAGGGCAACUCGUUCAGGGUAUACAAGGCGCCCAACUACUUAUACCAACUUCGCAAGGUAUUGCUACACAAACCAUCUUAACGAUACCAGUAAACCACGUGAACUCCAACGACCAAAUGGUAAAUCUUGCCUUAAACAACGGCCAAGUGGUCUCAACGUCUCUCGCCAACCUGCAAGCGAUGGCCCAACCCCACCAACUAUUAAAUUCGAACCCCCAACAAUCGGCGCCAAUCCGACCGAACAUGAUAAACCCAAGUCUAUCAAAUGCCUUACUGAAUCCAGGUUUGCCAAAUUUUUUAUCAAACGGCGCUGCCAAUGCACAAGAGUUGCUUCAAGCAUUACAACAGCCGCAAGGGAAUCAUAGUCUUCUACAAACAGUCCAACAGAAUAGUAUGCCCCAACAGAUGCAAGGUAGACGGUCAUCGUCGCCUAGACCAGACAGGCAUUAUAAAGAAAGAGAAAACUUUGAGAGAUUUGCUGGUGGAUCUAGAGAAAGAAACGAUAGAGACAAUUCUGGAGCAGUCGCGAUGAAUAAUAUCAAUAGGCUUGCUGCGUCGAAUGGCGAGAUUACGAUUACGACGUCGCAUGGCAGUUCGAACGCGGGUCCUGCGAGCAGCGCCGGCAGCGCGAGCUCAGGACCAAUGGCGUCACCACACGCUCCCAUCAAAAUGUCACCGAGUUCGGUAAAGUCGCCAACGCAUGAGGACGGGGAUUUACUUGCAGAUUCGCCCAAUCAACCAACUAUUAGUCAGUCGUCAAGCAACGUGGUCGACGGGAUCAACCUAGAAGAUAUCAAGGAAUUCGCCAAGGCAUUCAAACUUAGACGCCUUGGAUUAGGUCUCACGCAGACCCAAGUUGGCCAAGCAUUAUCAGUGACAGAGGGACCAGCGUACAGCCAAAGCGCAAUAUGCAGUGCCCUGGCUUCGCAGAUGCUAGCAGCUCAGCUGUCGUCACAACAACAAAACAUAUUUGAGAAAUUGGAUAUAACACCAAAAAGUGCGCAGAAAAUCAAACCGGUGCUCGAACGUUGGAUGAAGGAAGCAGAAGAGAGGUACGCAUCUGGUCAGAACCACCUAACGGACUUCAUCGGUAUGGAGCCAAGCAAGAAACGCAAACGGCGGACAUCCUUCACUCCUCAGGCUUUGGAGUUGCUCAACGCACAUUUUGAGAGGAAUACUCAUCCCUCUGGAACUGAGAUCACUGGACUGGCACACCAACUAGGCUAUGAACGUGAAGUCAUCAGAAUAUGGUUCUGCAAUAAACGCCAAGCUUUGAAAAAUACCGUUAGAAUGAUGUCAAAAGGCAUGGUCUAAAUGCUUAGUUAAAAACAAAUUAACUAAUCACUUUGUCUAUGACAUAAAGAAGAAUCACGUAAUAGUAAUCGGAAACACAUUAGUUAAGUCCUUGAAAAUUAAUGACGAGGCGAGUAAUUAAAUAUCGAUGUCGAUAAUUUUGCUUGCGAUCUGCAACUUGCACGUAGUAUAAUGAACUCGUCUCGAUAUUCACGUUAUAAUUUGCAUCGAUAGUGUCUUACUUAGAAAGGUGUUCGUCGGUUCGAUUUUCAAAAGUAAUUUUAAUAUUAAUCUGGCCUUAGCGCAAAUCUCCGCGCAAUUCCAGCCAAUGUAAGAAUGGGAAGUGCAUAAUAUUAAGAAUAUCUAUAUAAUUAAAAUGUAAAAUAACAAAAUUUUGACUGAAACAUUCGUCUCGAUGUAGAUUAAAAUAGAAUUGAAUGGGAUGUCAUUAAAUUAUUAAUGUAGGUGUUUUAGUACAAAUUAAUAAACUGACAAGUGUCUACGUUACUCUUUAAUAGCGUAUUCUUUAAAAAGUCCGUUCCAUAAGUUUACUAUCACGGUUAAAACUAAUGAUUUCUUCAACUUCUUAAUAAUAAAACGACAUUUCAUAGAUACCUAAGUAUGCCACAGUAUUAGAUAUUUCCUACAAUAUAGGAAAAUUACAUACAAGUGCUAAUGAUAAUGAGAUAGGCAGCGAUACGGUGAAGGUAAUAUCGGCGAAGUGUGGGUAUUUCUAGUAUUAGCCGUUUUUGUAAAAAUAUUGCAUUUUGUAAAUAAGUACAAUACAUUUAACUCUCGGCGAUAAAUUUAUAAUGUAGAUUGAUACAUUAAUUUAUUAAAAUACUCUGAGUUGUUUCGUUCUUCUAGCGAAUGUUGCACUUUAUAGUUAUAUAAGAAUAAUAUCGAUAUUAUGAAAGUAGUUACUGUGUUGUCAGUCUUAGUGGCCUACUGAGAUUUUUUUUAAUCUUUAGUAGGUUUUUUUGUUAAUAGGUAGGUAUAAAAUGAUAUGUAUAGUAUAAUAAUUAAAGAAAUCGUCGUAACUUGUAAAUAUUGUUUUCGUAAUAUUAUUUCAAUAAAAUGUAUUAUUAGUUUUAUUUCGAUUAAUUAUAAUUUUGAUAGCUUUUUUAAAAAGAUUGUAGUCUCAAGUUGGAUUUUUGGCGAUAUUAACACUGUUCUGUUAUAUAAUUACAUUACGAAUAUUUUAUAUAUAUAUAAUAAUUGCACUUUCCAUAUAUAUACAUGUAACAGAUGGUCUUAAAAUGUUAAAUUAAAAGGAACAGGAUGUGCAUAUUUUUCUGUGUUAUUAAUGUUAAACUAAUGAAAUUGCCUCGCAUUUGGAAAUGUAAAUUUUGAAAAUAUUAUUAUACAUAUAUAUUAUAUAGAGAAUUUUCAAAAAAAAUUAAAUUUGACAAUUAUUAUUAUAUUUUAAGUGGUUACGAUACCUAAAAAGUAUGCACAUAAUGUUUAUCUGAUAUUUUUAAACGAUUGUAUCGUAUUUAUGACGCUUUUCGUAAAAUAAGGUACUUGUUGUAUAGUUCCACUAAUUUUCUUUGAACAAAAGUAUCCGAGCAGUUUAUCUAUAUUGUAACCAAAACACAAAAUAGAUAAAUAACUAGAUACACUUUUAAAAGCCAAUAAUUUACUAAUAAAUUUUAUGCGUGCAGUAAUUAUUGGAGAAGAGUUACAGGGUUAGUUGUAAUGGGUAUAACAACAAGAAAUAGAAAUAUUAAUUAAACUGAGCAAUGGCCGCCUAAAAGCAAUAUAAAGAAAAUAAAUAUAUUUUGUAUCUUACAUACGAUAUGCGAUUAUAUGAUCAAUUUAGUGUGAAAGGUGGCAAUGUUUCUAGUAUAAUCCUUAUCGAAAGUAAUUAUUGUCAUGUAUACUAUUACUUUCUAUUGUCUUGGUAUACCCCUUAGGACUGAUCAUGUCUGCUUUUAAUUACGUACAAUUUCAUUAGCUGUUACUGAAUGAACUGAAUUUUAUAGAUUUCAUUUAUAUAUAUACACCUUGUAUAAACUCUAUCAUAUUAAUAUUUGAUAGAAUUUCUUAUGUAAAUAAUUUAGUUAGUUUUCAACUUAAGACCUACUGUUAACUGUAUUACCAAUAGUGAGUAAGGCUGUAAUGUAAUGUAUGUUAAUGACCAAUGAAAACCAACUUGUGAUCAUUAAUAUUUGUACUGUUACCUACUACUUAACAAAAGUCGUUAAAAAAUAAUAUUAUAAAAAUUGAACAUAUUUUUCGGCUGUUGAAAAAUUGUAAAUACAAUAUUAAGGAUAAUAAAACUAUUUGGAUUAAUAUUUAGGAACAAAGGGAAUAAAAUAUUAUCAAAAUUUAUAUUUUCAAAAAUUAUUACAAGUGCAAAAAAAUAUAUUGAAAAAAGGGAAGUUUGGCCAUAAUAAAAUUAUAUUUAACGGAAUUUUUUAUCGACUACAUCACACCACUAUAGUACAUUGAACAACCAGUACGGUAUACAGUGACUUAAAAUCGUGCGAUGCGGUAUUGCGCGUAAUCUGUACUUAUUUAAAUAUAGAAUCAGGUUUCUCUACAAAAACGAUUAAAAAUAUGAACCAUAGAUACCAACUUAGAAUUUUUUCACAAUGAAAU